GGUUGGAGAGGAGCCAGUUCUGAAGGCGUGGCUGAAACAGACUUCAGGAAGAGAGACUAGUCAGUGCAUUGAAGGAGUAUAUUACAUCAAGAUGCUCUCACAAAUUAUUGGCUUAAUAUGCGGAGUCGUUGACAGAAUCCGCAACUUGAUCUUCAGUCUUCUGUUCGGAAAGAAAAAGCCUGCCAUUACUCUGAAAGAUCCAAACAUCAAAUACGCAUUGAAAUUAAUAGAUAAGGAGAUCAUCAGCCAUGACACUCGAAAAUUCCGCUUUGCCCUUAGCUCCCCAGAUGAAGUCUUGGGUCUACCCAUUGGACAACAUAUCUAUCUGUCAGCCAAGGUCGAUGGCAAGCUGGUGGUGAGGCCUUACACUCCCGUAUCCAGUGACGAUGACGUGGGAUUUGUCGACCUGGUGGUCAAGAUCUACUAUAAGAACGUGCACCCAAAGUUCCCCGAGGGAGGCAAGAUGAGUCAGUACUUGGAGAGCUUGCGCAUCGGCGAGACUAUUGAUUUCAGAGGGCCCUCCGGGCUGUUAACAUACACGGGAAAAGGAGAGUUUGCUAUCAAACCUGACAAGAAGAGCCCGGCUAGCAUAGUGAAGGCCAAGCAUGUGGGCAUGAUUGCUGGUGGAACAGGCAUCACACCGAUGUUGCAGAUCAUCCGGGCUGUGAUGAAAGACCCCAAGGACCAGACAGUUUGUCAUUUGCUUUUUGCCAACCAGACUGAAAAAGACAUUCUCCUUCGACCUGAGCUUGAGGAAGUAUUGGCCAACCACCCAUCCCGAUUCAACCUGUGGUUCACUGUGGAUAGAGCUAACGAGGACUGGACGUACAGCCAAGGCUUCAUCAGUGAGGAGAUGGUGCGGGAUCAUCUGCCACCUCCGGGCGACGACACCAUCAUCCUGAUGUGCGGCCCGCCUCCCAUGAUCGAGUACGCCUGCGUCCCCAACCUGAAGAAGGUGGGCCACGCGGACAGCAGCCGCUUCACCUUCUAGAUGUACACAAAGAGGGAGGGGUCAGGUGGCCGGCCAGACUGGGAGUCUGACCCUCGCGCUUGAUAAGAGCGCACGUGUGGUCAAGCAGACUAGAUAGGCUGCACCCGCUGCUUUGGGAAGUUGGUCAUUGUAAAGCUAUCAUGCAAAAUUCAACCUGUAUUUAUGCCUGAGCGAUGUCUACUUAAGAACAUUCUUGUUCCUUUAGCAAACAGUGCCAAAACUGUCAGAACAGUGUAUAUGCAUCUCUAAGGCUGUAAAGACGAUUAAGUUAUGUAGGGGGGGGGGGGGGGGGGGACUGUGUCUUGUCAAGUCUUGUCAAGACACAAUAUGAGGAGUUUGAUCUCAGCGUUAUGCUAUAGACAACAGAAACGGCAACAACAUAAUUAUGAUUGAUGUGUCUGAAUAUUUUUAGGAAGGAAGCAGAAUGAAUUUUGCAUGAUUGCUGUUUGAUGAGGAAGUAUGCAUUUAUAUCCACAUAUUGAGACCAAAAUCAGUGUGCUCUGACCGGUAACAAAUUGUGCUGUGUUGAUUGUGCUUGUUUUGCCUCCUCCCUAAUCCUACUGACUAAAGUCCUUCAGUUCCUGUAAACAUUGAACGGAAACAUCCGUGGUCCAAACCCAGCUCACUGCUCAGUUUGCACUUGAAACUUUUAUGGCUGAGUGUGACUGAAUGAAGGAUCUGUUCAGGCACAUGUUUAACAGUGUGAAGCUGCUGCCGGGUACCUGGCAAAGGCUCAUGUGCUUGGCCACUAGGGGGAGUGUUUUUGCCGUUUUUGUCAGAGCCGUAGGUAUCUUUAUGUACGGCUCAGAUUUUUGUCAGCAACAGAAAAUAAUGGACCCAUUGUUUCAUUUAGGUUUAUAAUUACUUGUCCCUUUUUGUACCACGAUGUUUGGUUCUGAAUGUUUGGCUUAUUAUUUUAUCUUUUUGAGUUCUAUGCUGUUAUUUCAGUUUUUACACGGAAGCAAAGGAUAUUACACAAGAGCAUUGGCUGAUGGCUUUGGCAACUUCACAGCUGGCAUUUUGCCUCAAAUAUUAUGUGUAAUCAAUAAUCAUAGCAUUACUUCAUCAGUAAGCAUAUAUCUCUGUAUACUUCAGCAUCCAUUUGAAAUGAAUAAAUCUGAAUAGGUGAGAGACAUUGUCUUGCCUGGCCUUCAGGAGUGUCAGAUGUUCGACUGAUUUCUGUUCUGAAAACGAGUGCCUUAGCAUCCUCUUCAAGAUUCUCCUUUCCAGUAUGACGUACUGUAGGUGUUAUGGAAACAACUCGCUAAAAUUAUGUUUGCGUGGAAAUGCUUUACACGCCAUGAAGACUAUUAUUUGAAUGCAUAUCCUUUAUGCACUGUGUUGAGUAUGUUGUGUGAAACACCUGCUAUCCACCGUUACAUUCACAAUUUGUCAGCACACUCUUCACCAAAUAAGUCAUGCACAGAUAUUAAGACUACUGAUGUAUCUGUAACGCAAGUUAUGUUGUCAGCGUAUUCAUGAGGCCAAUAAAAAAAAACUAU